GCGAAGCCGCAAAGAAAGCGGCGGUGGAAGCUGAGACAUGCAACAAUGGCGUUCGUGUCAUUCUCUUCUUCUCCUUCUCUCUCUCUUACACUCGCGAUUCAACAUUAAUUUCGUUCUUCUUCAUACACAUAUAUAGAUAGUGUCUUCAUUUUCCAACCAUGACCGGUAGAGAAAUCCUCCACAAGAUGAAGGAAUCCGUCAAGGAGAAAGUUGGGCUUGGUGCAUCUGCUUCAUCUGCAGAUUCAGGGAAAGGUAAGAGCAAGAUGUUGAAGCAGAUCACACAUGGUUUUCAUUUGGUGAAAGGGAAAGCUUUUCACGAGAUGGAAGAUUAUGUGGUUGCCAAAUUCAAGGAAGUUGAUGAUAAUGAGCUUGGUCUGUUUGCUAUCUUCGAUGGCCAUCUUAGCCACGAGAUUCCGGACUACUUGUGCUCCCAUUUGUUUGAGAACAUCUUGAAAGAGCCGAAUUUCUGGCAAGAACCUGAGAAAGCGAUAAAGAAAGCUUACUAUAUAACGGAUACAACGAUUCUAGACAAGGCAGAUGAUUUGGGAAAAGGAGGUUCUACUGCUGUGACUGCGAUAUUGAUCAAUUGCCAGAAGCUGGUGGUUGCUAAUGUUGGUGACUCUCGAGCUGUUAUUUGCCAAAAUGGUGUUGCGAAGCCACUCUCAGUUGAUCAUGAGCCGAACAUGGAGAAGGAUGAAAUCGAGAACAGAGGAGGAUUCGUUUCUAACUUUCCUGGGGAUGUUCCUCGAGUUGAUGGUCAACUGGCUGUGGCAAGGGCAUUUGGUGAUAAGAGUUUAAAGAUGCAUUUGAGUUCAGAACCAUAUGUUACGGUGGAGAUAAUUGAUGAUGAUGCAGAAUUUCUUAUCCUAGCAAGUGAUGGACUAUGGAAGGUCAUGUCAAACCAAGAAGCCGUUGACUCAAUCAAGGGAAUAAAAGAUGCGAAGGCUGCAGCAAAGCACCUUGCAGAGGAGGCUGUUGCAAGGAAAAGCUCAGACGAUAUCUCAGUCGUCGUCGUGAAAUUUCAGUGACAUUAGCUUUCGGUUAGUCUUUUCUUCUUCUUUUGAGCGACUCUAACACUUUACUUGAAUCUGUAUUAUAAGCCUUUUCAAUUAAGACGUUACGCAAAUAAGAAUCAAGUCGAGACUCGAGAGUAAAAAACACAUUACAAUCAUAUAUAAUCAAACCUACAAAAUCAAUAAACAUUAUUAGACGCAAGACUAUGCGAAUACAUUUCCGGAUAGAUAUUCAUUACAGGACAGCAUAGAGGGGACUAGAGGUUUAUAGUUAUAUAUCCGUGUAGGAUUUAAUACCAUGACCAACUUUUCUUGACAUUGUUAGAUGCCAUUAUUUGUCUAAUAAGAGUGUAGAUAGAGCAUAUGUAGAUGACAGAAGAGAGAGAGCGGGAGGGUUUAUCUGAUCUGUGGUCGCUUGAAUGAUGAGUUGGUCAUAGGAAGUUUCCUGUCUACCCUGUUUCUUUCUUGAGUCUGGAUCAGUUGACCGCUAAACCCUCUCCGGCCUGACCCUUCUCCAAAACUGUCACCAGAGAUCUUCCUCCUCCUCUCAUUGUGUCCAGCUAAGCGCCUCCUGCAGCUUCUUUUAGCUUCAUCAAACUCUGGUAGCUCAUGAA